GUUCUGCCCUCGCCCUGGGCAAGGCAAGCGCGGAGCUACUACGUGGACUGGAGGAUGCUGCGGGACGUCAAGAGGAGGAGGCUGGGGGUCGAGUACGCAGACGAGAGGCUGCGGAUCAACGCCAUCCGAAAGAACACCAUCCUGCCCAAGGAGCUGCAGGAAGUGGCCGAUAAAGAGAUUGCAGACUUGCCCCGGGACAGCUGCCCUGUGAGGAUCCGAAAUAGGUGUGUCUUGACAUCCCGCCCUCGGGGGGUGAAGAGGCGUUGGAGGCUGAGCAGGAUCGUUUUUCGCCAUUUUGCUGACCAUGCUCAGAUGUCCGGGAUACAGAGGGCCAUGUGGUAGAUGACAGCGUGGAUGCAUAUUCAGGCAGAAAACACAAACCAGGCUCAGUU